GUACGCGUCACUCGCGCGCCGCCAAUCGGCGCUGGGCAGGUCACCUCCCAGGCUCAGCCCCGCCCGCCGCCCGGACCCAGGCGGCGAGCGUCCUCCGGCCGCUUCCGCUCUCGGCGCAGGCGCGGCAGCGUGGCCGGCCAGCGGAGGGGGCCUGGGAGAGGAGCGGACGCCGCCGGCCAGGAUGGUGCUGGAGAGCGUCGCCCGCAUCGUGAAGGUGCAACUGCCCGCGUAUCUUAAGCGGCUCCCAGUCCCCGAGAGCAUUACCGGGUUCGCCAGGCUUACAGUUUCAGAGUGGCUUCGGUUACUACCUUUCCUUGGUGUGCUUGCACUACUUGGCUACCUUGCGGUUCGUCCAUUCCUUCCGAAGAAAAAACAACAAAAGGAUAGCUUGAUUAAUCUUAAAAUACAAAAGGAAAAUCCAAAAGUGGUGAAUGAAAUAAACAUUGAAGAUUUGUGUCUUACUAAAGCAGCUUAUUGUAGGUGUUGGCGUUCUAAGACGUUUCCUGCCUGUGAUGGUUCACAUAACAAACACAACGAAUUGACAGGAGAUAAUGUUGGCCCCCUAAUACUGAAGAAGAAGGAAGUAUAAUAGUAAUGAAUUAGGGCGCCUGUAGCACAGUGGUUAUGGCGCCAGCUACAUACACCCAGGCUGGAGGGUUUGAACCCAGCCCGGGCCUGCUAAAACAACAAUGACAACUGCAACAACAAAGUAAAUAGCCGGGCGUUGUGGUGGGCGCCUGUAGUCCCAGCUAUUUGGGAGGCUGAGGCAAGAGAAUCACUUAAGCCCAAGAGUUUGAGGUUGCUGUGAGCUGUGAUGCCAUGGCACUGUACUCAGGGCAAUAGCUUUGAGACUCUGUCUCAAAAAAAAAAAAAAAAAAUAGUAAUAGGAUUGAAUUCAAUUGUAUAAAGUCUUACAACAAUAUUUUCUUAUUGUGUACAGUAAUUAUUAGUACUAGUUGAAUAAUUAUUUGUCAGUUUAUUUUCUUGCUACACUACUGUUUAUAUUUGAUACUUUUGUAUAUUCAAAUAAGCACUUAAUAGAAAUUAAAUUGUCAAGCCUCUUAUUUUGACUUCAAAGAAUUAAUGUAUCUUCCGACACAAAUUUAAUUGAGAAAAAUAUAAAUUUUGGCAGUGAGUCAAAAGAUGUUUCUUUGAAUAUCACUAUUUUCAACAGAAUCCCUUUUUAUGAAAAUUUCCUUCCACAUCGUUAAAUAUAUUUUUCAUAUCUUUUUUAUUUUGAUAAUUUCAAGUGUUUUUUUUUUCCUUUUGGCCUUUUGCACUCCACUUAGACGAAUUAAGAAAACUAUUGCCAUCAAGAAUUACUUGAGUUUUCACACACAUAAACUCUUUGAUACGUAGAGAUUGUUGCCUAAUUAAUUUGAAUAUCAUUUCAGAAAGAGAAGUAAAGGAUAUAAAGAGUUCCAUUGAGAAUAGUUAUUUAUCUUAUAAAGAUUUAUUUACUUUACAAAAGAUGUGUGUGUGUAUCUUGAACCAUUUGGCUCAGCAACAGCUGGGGUGGAAUGGCAAGAAUACAGUUGAACUUACGGGCUGUUGCAGUUUAAAGUAUAUCUGAAUUCAUAUUAAAUUGAUAAAUUAAUGUGUUUAAAAUGGUGUGUAUAUGAAAGUUUUUCUCCUUUUAACAUUUUAACCAUGAAUAUAAAAUUAACAGUUGUCCUUUAGUAUUCAAGGGGGGAUUGGUUCCAGGGUUGCAUGUGAAUACCAGAAUCUGUGCAUGAUCAAGUCCCUCAGGGCUGUAACCUACAUAAGUUAUAUGAAGAAGGUAUAAGAGGCAGUCAUAUUUUAUCCAUUAAUAUACCAUACUUAUAUGGUACCAGACCCUACAGUAAGCAUGGUACUUGUUAUUUUUAAGUUUUACGUAUAAUUUUAAUAUGUUGUACUACAUGAUCUUUACCUUAUCAUGACCAAUCACAUGAAUUUUAAAAGCUGGAGUUAGAAAUGUAGUCUACAUUUUUUUGAGAUGUCUUACAAGGUGUAUGUACAAGAUUGUUGUCCUUUCCUCCACCUGUUAAUGGAUAGAAAUACAAUGUAGCUCUC